AUGAGGGGGAUUGGUGGGGGACACAAGACGUGGUACCGCAAGUUCGACUUCCAGUGGCUGCUCUAUGAGGAGGGGGCCCUGUCACAGCCCUUCACUGAGAAGGCCAUCAAUGUCCGAUACAGCCCUUGCGGGUUGGCUGACAUUGCACUGGUGGCCAGAGACAACCGUGAGUGCUGGAUCAUUGCCAUGGAGAACAUGCAACUGGGGGACAUCAUCAAGACCUCCACUCACAUGGGCACGAUGGCAGUGUCAGCCAACGAAGGGGACACCUACCCGCUCGGGGGUCUGCUUGUUAGCAAGAUGAUCCACAACCUGGAGAGCCACCCUGGGAAGGCAGCGCUGUACAUCCAGGUGGCUGGGACUUGUGGGGUGCUGCUGAGGAAAGUGAACAGGAUGGCCAUAGUGCAGCUGCCUUCCAAGUGGCAUAUGCAGGUGCUGGAGACCUGCAUGGCCACGGUGGGCCACGUGUCCAAUGUUGACCACAACAAGAGGUUGAUCAGGAAGACAGGCUGGAAUCGCUGGCUGGGCAAACAUCCUCACACAGGGUUGUGGUACUGCAAGGGUGUCUGGGCCAGGCACAAGAUCAAGCCUUUCCUGCCCAUGAAGAACUCGGUCAACCUGAUGAAGGUUGCAGCGCAGGAAUGA